GACGUCGCCGUGGAGGAAGAAGGGAGAGGCGGAGCGUGGCGCGGUGACGUCCUUCCAAGAUGGCGGAGAGAGAGUGAAGAAACUGUUCCCCUUUGGGUUGCUGUAGAACAGGGGUAAAAUUCCAUUCUGGUAUCAAAAUGCAGUAUUCGCACCACUGUGAGCACCUUUUAGAGAGACUGAACAAACAACGGGAAGCGGGUUUUCUUUGUGACUGCACCGUAGUGAUUGGAGAAUUCCAGUUUAAAGCUCAUAGGAAUGUGCUUGCCUCGUUCAGUGAGUAUUUUGGUGCGAUCUACAGAAGCACUUCUGAAAACAAUGUCUUUCUUGAUCAGAGUCAGGUGAAGGCUGAUGGAUUUCAGAAACUGUUGGAGUUUAUAUACACAGGAACUUUAAAUCUUGACAGUUGGAAUGUUAAAGAAAUUCAUCAGGCUGCUGACUAUCUCAAAGUGGAAGAGGUGGUCACUAAAUGUAAAAUAAAGAUGGAAGAUUUUGCUUUUAUUGCUAAUCCUUCUUCUACAGAGAUAUCUAGUAUUACUGGAAAUAUUGAAUUGAAUCAACAGACUUGUCUUCUUACUCUACGAGAUUAUAAUAGUCGGGAGAAAUCAGAAGUGUCUUCAGAUUUAGUUCAGGCAAAUCCUAAACAAGGAGCUUUAGCAAAGAAGUCGUCUCAAACUAAAAAGAAGAAGAAGGCCUUCAACUCCCAGAAAACAGGGCAAAAUAAAACAGUGCAAUAUCCCAGUGACAUUUUAGAGAAUGCGUCUGUUGAGUUAUUCCUAGAUGCAAAUAAAUUGUCCACACCUGUAACAGAACAAGUUGCACCAGGAAAUGAUAAUUCAGAACUCGAGUUGACAGCAGUUGUGGAAAAUACUUUUCCAACACAAGAUAUUGUGCAAACUGUUACAGUGAAACGGAAACGGGGAAAAUCACAGCCAAACUGUGCUCUCAAAGAACACUCUAUGUCUAAUAUAGCUAGUGUCAAGAACUCUUAUGAGCUGGAGAGCUCUGGGGAAGAGCUGGAUCAGAGAUAUUCCAAGGCCAAGCCAAUGUGUAACACAUGUGGGAAAGUGUUUUCAGAAGCCAGCAGCUUGAGAAGACACAUGAGAAUACAUAAAGGAGUCAAACCUUAUGUUUGCCACUUGUGUGGAAAGGCGUUUACCCAGUGUAACCAACUGAAAACACAUGUAAGAACUCAUACAGGUGAGAAGCCAUACAAAUGUGAAUUGUGUGAUAAAGGAUUUGCUCAAAAAUGCCAGCUAGUCUUCCAUAGUCGCAUGCAUCAUGGUGAGGAGAAACCCUAUAAAUGUGAUGUAUGCAAUUUACAAUUUGCAACUUCUAGCAAUCUCAAGAUUCAUGCAAGGAAGCAUAGUGGAGAGAAACCAUAUGUCUGUGAUAGAUGUGGACAGAGAUUUGCCCAAGCCAGCACACUGACCUAUCAUGUUCGAAGGCAUACUGGGGAAAAGCCUUAUGUGUGUGAUACCUGUGGGAAGGCGUUUGCUGUCUCUAGUUCUCUUAUCACUCAUUCUCGAAAACAUACAGGUGAAAAACCAUACAUAUGUGGUAUUUGUGGGAAAAGUUUUAUUUCCUCAGGAGAGCUCAACAAACACUUUCGAUCCCAUACAGGAGAAAGACCAUUUAUCUGCGAAUUAUGUGGAAAUUCUUACACAGAUAUUAAAAACUUAAAGAAGCACAAAACAAAAGUCCAUUCUGGUACAGAUAAAAUUCUAGAUUCUAGUAUAGAGGAUCAUCCCUUGAAUGAACAAGAUUCCAUACAAAAAAGUCCGUUAGCAGAAACUCUGGAUGUGAAGCCUUCUGAUGUGACUGUACCACUAGCUCUUCCACUGGGGACUGAAGACCAUCACAUGCUUCUCCCUGUCACAGAUACUCAGUCUCCUACUUCAGAGACAUUGUUGAGGUCAACUGUGAAUGGGUAUUCAGAACCACAGUUGAUUUUUUUACAACAGUUAUACUGACUUUGUGAGGAUUAUGGAAUUGCUAAGACAUCUCUGGUAGUAAACAUAAACAUCUCUGGUAAGGUGCAUAUAUUCAUAUUCAGUUACCAUUCAUUCGAGUUGUGACCUGAUGCUGCAUCAUAACUGUGCAAUGCCUGUUUUGAUUUUUUGCCUUUACGUCUAGAUUAUACACACAGCUUUUUAAGGAAUAUACUACAUUAGCACUAUUUGGGGUGGAUAAGUUUUAUUUUCUUUUAGAGCUGCCUUAAUUCCAUUUUUAUUUUGCAUUUUAGAAUUGCCUCUCAUUUGUUGAAGUGGAUUCUGUCAGUUUAUAUGAUUCAGUUUUGACCUGUGGGACUUUUUAAUUUUCUUCCCCUCAAAAUUGAAGCAAAAUCAUGAUAGUAUCAGCCCAUGAGUGUUGCUGUUACUAAGCCCCAUAGACCAAUACAUAAACUAUGGGGGAAAAAAUAAAAUUUCAUAUUUCUACCUAAGAAAAUUUAGGUACUAAAUAAGAAUUGUGCUAUUUCUCUAUUAAUAUAUUCCAUUGGAGGUAACUUUUCUAAUGAAACAAAGUGUUUCUCUUAAAAGCUAGAAAACUGUAUAUAAAUUUUUGUUAAUUUAGAACUUAGUAUUCUGGAGAAAACCAAUGGUCAGUGCUUUUGAUUUGAGUUAACAGACUACUUUUUCAAAAUGAAUUUUAAAUAUAUAUUUGGCAUUUUUAUCUUAUUAAAAGAUGGUUUCAAAAUUUGAUUCAGGUUAUGUUUUAAUAGGUUUCUAGAUUACUGGAGAUAAGGAAGAUAUACUGAGUUUUGAAAAAUUUUGAUAAGCCUCUCUUAUACCUGUUAUGCACUUUUUAAAAUAUUAAAUUCUAAACAGAAUUUUCUAAAUGUAAACUUAAUGCAUACUGUAAUUCACUUGGCUUCUGAAUUUGAUACAUUAUAUUACAUAAAGAGUUAAGAAAUUCACUUCAAUUAUGAGUAAACAUUUGAAUUAUCAGAAAGCCAGUUUAUUAAACAUUUUAUAUUUGAGUUUUCUAUAAGUUUUGAGUUUUAAAAUUUUAUAAAUUAAAUCACAUUUGAUUGUUGGUGUAGUUUCACAGUAGUCCUUUUCCUUCCUAAUGAAUGUAGAAAAUUCAGUGUUAUUCUGAUAUUCCCUACUUUUCCCCAACCCACUUUUCUCACAUAUUGAUUUAUUUUGCUGCCUCAUCUUUGGACAUUAAAUUAUCAGUUCCACAAAGUCAGUUCCUGUACUGCUGAUUAAACACCAUGGUGACAUUAUUUCUUAUUGCUGCCAUGCAUUAGUUGUUGCCUAUUUGUUUUGUGGUUUUAAACUACACCUGUAAUAAAGUUAAUGUAUUUUCUAUUGGUA